AUGGAUAGUCAUACCCUAAGGUGUACCGAUAGCUCUUUUGGGCCCUACGCUGGCGGCGACUGUCGAGGAGGCUUUGACUUUACGCUCCUCUUCGAACAGAGUAUUCUAUGGCUAGCUCCCUCAGCACUACUUUUGACUCUAUCACUCCCACGGUUUAUACAACUGUAUCACCAGGAUAUAAAAUCUGUCCCUAGUACGCUCCAGUAUCUGAAAUUAGUAAGCUCCCUUGGCCCUGCAUGAUUCUUUUUACAACGCGGUGACUUUCUGCUAACAUUUGACUUUUUGAUCUUUGUUGUUCUAUACGGUUGUUUACAGCUUGGUCUCCUAGUGCUCUGGGCAUCUUGGUUAGAGUGGCAAAACCAAGCAUCGAUUCCAGGUGCUGCCCUCGCAUUUAUUAAUGCUUUCGUAAUUCUUGGUCUAUCAUAUUUAGAGCAUAGUCGCUCGGUCCGCCCAUCAUCUCUACUCAUUGUCUAUCUCCUCUUCUCAACUCCAUUAGAUGCAGUUCAGGCUAGGACACUGUGGCUCAAAGAGGUAUCGGGGGCAUUGUUGGCGGUUUUUACCGCUGCUAUCGUUAUUAAAGCUGCACUCCUUGCGCUAGAACCACAAAGCAAAAUAAAUCUACUUGUAGUACCCUAUCUUUCUUGGCCCCUCGAGUCUGUCAGUGGGAUCCUUAGCCGAAGCUCGUUUUGGUGGCUCAACUCGCUGCUUUGGAGUGGCUCACAAAAGAUCUUGUCGAAUGACAUUAUUUACGAACCUGACCUGGAUCUCUCAUCUCAAUUGCUCGAGACGAACCUCCUUUUCACAUGGGACCGAUGUGAUAAGAAAAGAAAUCAUAGCUUUCUGAUUGCAGUGUUUACAUGUCUGAUGUGGCCUGUUCUGGCCGCCAUUCCACCACGUUUAUGUCAAACUGCAUUCACAUUUGCUCAGCCUUUCUUUAUUGCUCGAGUCAUUGAUUUUGUCAACGAUGGCGACUCUCCACAGUCUAAAAAUAUUGGAUAUGGGUUGAUUGGGGCAACGGCAUUGAUAUAUUUAGGACUUGCUUUCAGCGUCGCAAUAUACAAGCACAAAACGUACCGCCUCAUUACCAUGAUAAGGGGAGCCUUGGUCUCACUCAUAUAUGCAAAAACUCUGAAGCUUGACACUGGCUCUCUGGCUGAUGCUGCUGCCGUCACACUCAUCAGUACGGACAUCGAUCGGAUUGCGCUAGGCCUGGGCUACGCACAUGAAAUGUGGGCAUCACUCAUUGACGUUGGAAUUGCAGUGUAUUUGCUUGAAAGACAAUUGGGUAUCGUAUGCAUCGUUCCAAUCAUCAUAGCUCUUGCUUGUACUUUUGGAGGCAUACAAAUUGCCCGGCACAUCGGCAGCAGGACAAAACUCUGGCUCGAGGCAGUACAGAAGCGGGUAGGUGUCACAUCAACAGUACUGGGUCACAUAAAAGCUGUGAAAAUGAUGGCCCUAACUGGACUACUCAGCGAUGAUAUACAGGCUCUGCGUGUUGUGGAAGUGAACUUGGCGAGGUAUUAUCUUAAGCUGGAUGCUUGGAUCAACGUUUUCGCCAACGCACCAACUUUCUUGUCUCCGCCUUUCACAUUUUUGCUCUUUGCUUUUGUUCCUGUGGGCAAUGCUGCGGGUCUUCUCACGUCCGCUAGAGCUUUUACUGCUCCUUCUAUCAUUUCGAUCAUGACUUCGCCGCUCGGGUUGCUUCUGAACGCUAUCCCAACGUUCAUCGCCUGUGUAGCUUGUUUUGAUCGUAUUCAAGACUAUUUGCUGCUCAGAGACAGGAGGGAUGACAGGCUGCUUGAUCUCUGCCAACAUUCGGACCCAUAUAUAGCAUCUCCGUAUAAUUCAACCUCAACAAACUCUCUCGAUAUUGAUCUGAGCAGCCGGACCGGGAUAACCAGCCUUGUUUCGCAAACAUAUUCGCAAGAAUCCAAUUAUUGUGCAGCAUCCAUUGUCGACGGAUCUUUUAGUUAUGGCUCUAACGAGAACCCCGUUCUCCACAAUAUCAAUCUUCAACUGGUGCAAGGCUCAUUCGUCAUGCUUCUUGGACCCAUUGGAUCAGGAAAAUCCACCCUGCUCAAGGCUUUGCUGAACGAGGUCGAAACGAUCCAGGGCUACGUACACCUCAAAACGCCUUCAAUUACCUACUGCAGCCAGCAACCAUGGCUGACGAAUACGUCUCUGCGAGAAAAUAUUCUGGCUGGGUCAACAUACGACGAGAGUUGGUAUCAGGAGAUCGUCGAUGCGUGCGCACUGCAACCAGACUUUGCUUCUCUGGUACAUGGUGAUAUGACUAGUGCAGGAUCCAAGGGUGCCGCAUUGUCUGGGGGUCAGAAGCAGCGUAUUGCGAUUGCACGAGCACUCUAUUCCCGAAAGCGCUUGAUCGUCAUGGAUGAUGUUCUUAGCGGUCUCGACGCGGCAACAGAAGAACUUGUUUUCGGUCGAAUUUUUGGGCCAUCGGGUUUAGUGAAGAAAAGUGGUACCGCCGCCUUUCUCGCAACGCAUGCAAUCCGCCAUGUACAGGUUGCUGACUCAAUUGUUGUGCUUGGUCAAGACGGCACUAUUCAGCAACAGGGCAGCUACGACCAUCUGAAAGGAGUUGAAGGCUACAUCCAGAGCAUACUAUUUUUGCGGAGGGCAGAAAGUAAUAAGGGUGACGGAGAGACAUCUGCAGUUGUGAAAACGAGCAAUGCAUCUUUGCCGGCCGUUGGUGAAGAUGCUACCGCAGACCUGCGUCGGCGGACUGGAGAUUUCCAAGUAUACAAGUAUUACUUUGCUUCUGUCGGCACGUCUUAUAUCAUGUGCUUUUUGGCUCUAACAAUAGUGUAUGUGUUUUGCUUCAGAUUUUCUCAGGUAUGGCUUGAGUUGUGGGUGAGCGCAUCGGCAAGCAAGCCUGGUUCACGAACCAACGGCAUCUACGGUGGUGUCUAUGUUACCUUCGGUCUUCUUGCUCUGGCAUUCUUCUUCUUCGCAGUGGCAUUUAUGUUCCAAGUCGUCGUCCCAAAAUCUGCGUCGCAACUCCACUGGAUUCUACUCACAGCAACCAUGAAUGCUCCCUACAGCUUCUUUACAAAGACAGACGUGGGGAUGACACUGAACCGCUGUAGUAAGGAUAUGGCUUUGGUCGACCUGGACCUUCCCUCUCAUGCUCUUGAGACCAUCUUUUAUGUCAUCAAUGGUGCGGGACAGGUUAUUCUGAUAGCCAUAGGUGCAAGAUAUAUCGCGGCCGCAAUCCCUGCUAUCAUCAUAGCUGUGUAUUUCGUGCAAAAGUUCUAUCUGAGGACGUCCCGACAACUCAGAUACCUGGAUCUUGAAACCAAAUCGCCUCUGUACAGUAAUAUGUUGGAGACAUACGAUGGGUUGUCCACAAUCCGCGCCGCAGGGUGGGAAACGCGUUUUCUCGAAAAGAACCGCAAAGUUCUGGAUGAUUCUCAAAGGCCUUAUUACGCAUUGUACUGUAUCCAGCGCUGGCUCAACGUCGUUUUGGCGUUGCUGGUGGCUGCGGUGGCCGUCCUACUUGUUACUUUUGCGGUCGAGCUGCAAGGGACUGCCACUGGUAGCACGAUUGGUGUAGCACUCCUCAACGUGCUCAAUUUUAAUGACACGCUUGCUAAGCUGAUCACAUCGUGGAGAUCCCUCGAGACGUCUUUGGGUGCUAUCGCGCGUGUAAGAGAUUUUGGCAACAAGAUCCAGGCCCAGGACCAUUCCGUGACAACAUUUGAACCAAAACCGCAAAACUGGCCUUCCUCUGGUCGAAUUGAAUUUCGACACAUCUCGGCGGCCUAUGAUAUUCACUCGCCACCAGUCCUACGAGACAUCUCUCUGACCAUCGAGCCUGGCAUGAAAGUUGGGAUUUGUGGCCGUACCGGCAGCGGAAAGUCGUCCUUGCUCCUGGCUCUUUUUGGCAUGCUCCAGAUCACAUCGGGCUCCAUCUAUAUCGAUGCUCUCGAGACCUCUGGUCGUCCUCAUGAAACAGUAUGCCAAGCUCUUCGCGUGAUCCCCCAAGAUCCGUUCCUGCUCCCGGGAACAGUGCGGUUCAACCUCUCUCUCGAUGGCACAUUCCAGGACACCGUUCUCGUCGCAGCAUUGGAGCGCGUCUCUCUCUGGUCACUGCUCGCGGCUCGUGGUGGACUUGAUGCCGAUGCGGCGAUGGCACCACUCAGCCAUGGCCAGCAGCAACUCUUCUGUGUGGCCCGGACACUGCUACAGGCGCCAAGCAGUCACAUUUUGGUGCUGGACGAGGCUACAUCGAAUCUUGAUCGUGAAUCGGAGAGGAUGGUGCAGGAGCUUCUGAGAGAGAGCUUUGCGGACCGGACCGUCAUUGCGGUGACGCAUCAUCUCGACAUUAUCAUGGAUUUUGACCGCAUCGCGGUGCUUGACCAGGGCUGCUUGGUGGAGUGGGAUACCCCAGCUAAUCUCCAGCAGAGGGAGGGUGGAGUUUUCAGGGCUUUGUGGGAGCAGCAGCAAAUCUAG